GCGGCGGCAUCUGAUCAUACUUUUCAAAAUAUUUGAUUUUGAAAAAAACACUUAUAAAAGUUAGUAGGAGGAGCAAACAAACUGGGUAUAGAAAACAACCGCCGCAGCAAACCCCAAACCUCCAAACUCGCCGCCGGGAUCCUGUGAACGGUUAGGGUUUAGGGACAAAUUAAGCUGCAAUGGUUGUAAAUUGCUAUUCUCCUCCUCUGUUUAGUGUGGCUCCAAUGAUGGACUGGACAGACAAUCACUACAGGACUCUUGCGCGCCUCAUAUCGAAACAUGCUUGGCUGUACACGGAGAUGCUUGCGGCUGAAACAAUCGUUUAUCAAGAGGGAAAUCUGGACAGAUUCUUGGCAUAUUCUCCAGAACAACAUCCUAUUGUGCUUCAAAUUGGAGGGAGUAAUUUAGAAAAUUUGGCGAAAGCAACUAAACUCGCUAAUACUUACUGCUAUGACGAGAUCAACUUCAAUUGUGGAUGCCCUAGUCCUAGAGUAGCUGGACGUGGAUGCUUUGGUGCACGUCUUAUGCUUGAUCCAAAGUUUGUUGCUGAGGCUAUUUCUGUGAUUGCUGCCAAUACAAAUGUACCUGUUAGUGUCAAAUGUCGAAUCGGCGUGGAUGAUCAUGACUCUUACAAUGAAUUAUGUGAUUUCAUUUACAAGGUUUCUUCUCUAUCACCUGCUAAGCAUUUCAUAAUUCACUCCAGAAAGGCACUGCUUAAUGGCCUCAGCCCAGCUGAAAAUCGGACUAUACCUCCACUGAAGUAUGAAUACUUUUAUGGCCUCUUACGUGACUUUCCUGACUUAACAUUUACCAUCAAUGGUGGUAUUACUAGUAUUGAUGAGAUCAAUGCAGCUCUGAAAGCUGGUGCUCAUGGUGUUAUGAUUGGACGUGCAGCAUACAAUAACCCUUGGCCUAUUUUGGGACACGUUGAUACUGCAAUAUAUGGUCUACCAAGUAGUGGCCUUACACGUCGUCAGGUGCUAGAGAAAUAUCAAGUGUACGGGGAUUCUGUGUUGCUACAAUAUGGACUUGGGCCAACGGUGCGACACAUUGUAAAGCCUUUACUCGGUUUUUUCCGUUCUGAGCCUGGGAAUGGACUUUGGAAGCGCAAAGCAGAUGCGGCUAUACAAACCUGCACGUCAGUUAAAUCAUUUCUUGAGGAAACCCUUGUAGCAAUUCCUGACUCAGUCUUGGAUUCAACUUUUGCUCAACCGCCGUCUGGUCGUGGAGAUCUUUUUGCUAACAUAGACAGUUUUUUGCCUCCGCCAUACAGAAUAAGAGAAGAGGAUGCUGUAUAACUCCAUCAGUUUCCUGUUUUGUGCAAAUUACUUGAGAUGUAAUCCAUUUAUGUAGAAAGUUUUUGUAAAAACUAGGGGAUUGCUAAUUUGUGGCUCAACCGGUGUUUGGAUAGUUUGUGAUCAAAAUUGUUUCUCCAUAGUCAAAAUCAAUUUUUGGAUGGUUGAAUAUUUA